UCAUAAUACACUCCUCGUGGAAGUAUCUGUAUGAUUUCACUCUCAUCGUCGUUUUCUUCCUCAAAAUAAAAAACACUCUCUGCACUGUACUUUUUCUCGUGUUUCGUUCUCCACCACUUCACGAACUCCGUCACACAGAUUCUAUCUUUAUCUAUCACUUUCACUAUUCAUCAUCUUAAUGGCUUUCACUCGCCGGAAACAAUGAAACAUACCGGAAAAUUCCACUACCCACCACUCAGCAUUACUUCAUACGACUCAGAUCUUCAACUUCGCCCUAAACCCAAAACCCCAAAAACAACUACUCGCUUCAAGAAAUUCAAAUCUUCUAGUAAUGGUAAACGGAGUAGACCAGAAACCCCUUUGUUGAAAUGGAAGAUCCAUGAUAAAAUCAAUGAUUCAAUUGAAGAGAAAGAAAAACCGUCGUCGCCGGUGAAGUUAAGUCGGAGAACAGGUAGGAAUGUUAAGAAGCAGACGGAAUUGGGUUUUUCGGCACGGAGACUUGCUGCGGGGUUGUGGAGGUUGCAGCAGCCGGAAGUGGUUGUUGGUGGUAGUCAGAAAUGGUCUGGGUUUCAGAAUGGAAGUGGCCAUGUAGGCCUCCCAUUCCUUGGUCGUCCAAAUUGCAUGACUCAUGAUCCUGAUCUGAAGAAUCAGUCUCAAAGUCCCCGUUCUGUCUUUGGGACAAAGAGUGGACACAACUGUGAGCUCAAACCUUUCCAGUUGCUCAAUACUGAAAUGGAGGGUGCAACAAAGUGGGAUCCUGUAUGUCUAAAAACAGCAGAUGUGGCACAACAUAUAUAUGCGAAACUUCUUAACCAAAAGGUAAAUACUGUAUCUGUUGUAUCUGCUCUUGAAGCUGAACUAGAGCAGGCACGUGCACGCAUUCAGGAGCUUGAGACUGAACACCACUCCUCCAAAAAGAAAUUUGAUCAUUUUCUGAAGAAAGUUGGUGAGGAAAAGGCCCAAUGGCGAAGCAGAGAGCAUGAGAAAAUCCGUGUGUACAUUGAUGACAUUAAAACAGAGUUGAAUCGAGAAAGGAAAAGUCGCCAGAGGAUUGAAAUUAUCAAUUCGAGGUUGGUAAAUGAGUUGGCAGAUGUGAAACUAUCAGCAAAGCGCUACAUGCAGGAUUAUGAUAAGGAGAGGAAGGGAAGAGAACUGGUUGAGGAAGUGUGUGAUGAGCUUGCCAAGGAAAUUGGAGAAGACAAGGCUGAGGUUGAAGCAUUGAAGAGGGAAUCUAUGAAACUUAGGGAAGAACUGGAAGAGGAGAGAAAGAUGUUACAGAUGGCUGAAGUAUGGCGUGAAGAACGUGUUCAAAUGAAGUUGAUAGAUGCAAAAGUUGCUCUUGACGAGAAGUAUUCACAGAUGAAUAAACUUGUUGCAGAUUUAGAAACUUUUCUCAAGUCAAAAAAUGCGGAUCUAAACACAACGGAGAGGAAAGAAGCACAUUUACUUAAACAAGCUGCAGCUGCAAUGAACAUUGAAGAUGUUAAGGAAUUUUCAUACGAACCCCCCAAGUCGGAUGAUAUCUAUGCCAUUUUUGAAGAGUUAAAUUUUGGUGAGCACAAUGAGAGGGAGAUUGAACAGUGUGUUUCUCACAGUCCUCCUAGUCAUGCCUCCAAGAUUCACACAGUGAGUCCUGAAGCAAAUGUAAUGUAUAAGGAUGGCAUUCCGAGGCAUUCCGAUGUAUAUAUGGAUGACAAUGGUGAUAUAGAGGGUGAUGAAAGUGGAUGGGAGACUGUGAGCCAAGCUGAGGAUCAAGGCUCGAGUUAUUCUCCUGAAGAGUGUGUCCAAUCUUUGAACAGGAACCAUCGAGAGAGUAAUAUUUCCCGGAGAAGUGUACUUGAAUGGGAAGAAAAUGCAGGCGAGGAGACACCAAUAACUGAAAUUAAUGAAGUGUGCUCUAUACCAACUAAGCAAUCAAAAAAGGCAUCAUCCAUUACGAGACUUUGGAGGUCAUGCCCAACCAAUGAAGAUAAUUACAAGAUAAUCUCUGUGGAGGGAAUGAAUGGGAAGCUUUCAAAUGGAAGGUUAUCCAACGGGAGCAUCAUGUCUCCUGACCAAGGAUCAGAUAAAGGGGGGCUGAGCCCUAAUGACAUUCAAUACCAGUUUAGUCCUUCUGAGUCCACAAGUCCACAUAAACAACGGGGUAUGAAAGGAUGCAUUCCUCGUGGUGCACAGAAGCAUAGCUUGAAAGCUAAACUUUUGGAGGCCAGAAUGGAGAGCCAGAAGGUUCAGUUGCGUCAUGUUCUUAAACAGAAGAUUUAGAUUUGAGCAAUAGAGCCAUUGCACGGAUUCUCCUUCUGCAAUGACUUAAGGGAAGCAGUUCAUUUUAGAUUGUGAAGAAGAUACUAAUGUGCUGCUUAUGUAAAAAAGAAAAAAAAAUUGCUCAGAUUAUGAGAAGCCAUAAAUGGAUUGCACAUACCCCUUUAAGCAUUAUAUUUUCCUUCCCAUAUGCCAUAAAUAUAAUAUAACUCAAACAAUGGAAUAUGUUGGGGAAGGAUUUACUUUGUAAUAUGUUGUAACUGGUCUUACUACAUUGCAUAGGGUCUUGAGAUAAAUCAUGAGAAGCAUGUAGCUCGUGCUGUAUCGUAUCAAUUCUAGUCAUAGGGCAAAUGUUAAGUAAAAACAAAUUGUCAUAAAAUAUAGAUGAUAGCAUUCUAGAUUUUGAUUUUCUGUCA